AUGGACAUUACAAAAUCUCAAGGAUACAGAGAUUUCAUGUGGGCAGUUAAUCCUCAUCGUAUAGGAUUUGAAAUGGGCUUGUGGCCUAAACUCAAGAAAUAUACUGAAAAAAACUUGUUAUCAAAAAUUUGGGUUGGCAUCAUUUUAAUUUUACUAAUAUUUGUUAUUAUUGUUCCGAUGAUAUAUGCAAUUAUACAAGUUUGGGGCAAUAUGACAUUUGUAAUAAGCAAUUUACAGACAACGUUACCAUUUCUAAUAGCAUCACUGAAAUACGCUAUCAUACGACGCAAACAAACAGCUGUCUUGUCAAUUGUAAACAUGAUGGCGGAUGAUUGGAUAGCAUUCAAGCAAAAUAGAGAAAGAAAUGUGAUGAUAAAACGAGCACAAACAGCACGAUUAAUUACGAUAAUUGGACAUGUUUGUGUAGUAAUAGCGUUUUUCACAUCGAUUAUUCUACCUUGGUUUAACAUUUCAGUAGUGUACGUAGCGAAUCUCACAGAUGUGCGCAAACCGUUACCGUUGAAGACUUAUCAUUUCUGCAGUACAGAUAAAAGUCCGCAAUUUGAGUUAAUAUUUUUUAUUCAGACUGUAACGAUGUUGUUGGCAGCUACAAUUUAUAUGUCUGUAGAUACCUUUCUAGUUGUAAUGGUUCUUCAUAUUUGUGGCCAGUUGGAAAACUUUAGAUGCCGAUUAAUUGAUUUGAUUUCAUGUAAAAAUUUUAAUGAAGUUUUAAACAACAUUAUAGAAACCCAUUUACGCCUUAUCAGGUAUGAAUUUUUAUUAUGA